AUGCCGAACACAUCUCUGCGCCGCCCAGCAAAGGGCUACAAAAGAGGGGGCAAAACUGCAUACCAUGGCCCAAAAACCCGAACUUUUGCUGCGUCUUCGAGGGCCGAGGGUACCUCUGCAGACGAAAAGUGGGAGCGUACUCGUUUGGCCCAGAGCAUUGACGACAAGAUGGGAUUUGCCCGUUAUGAAAGUGGGAAGAGAAAAGAAGGGUGGCUAGUCAACGUUCAGCCCACUUCUAUCGAGGACGAGAGGAUACCAGGUGGCCGAGCAGCGUUGGACUGCUACUUCAUAGAACUUGACGGGAGCACAUUCAAAGCUACCGUCGAGUAUGAUCCUUACUUCAUAAUCGCGGUCAAAAAAGGCCGGGAGUCUGAAGUUGAGGAAUGGGUGAAGAGAGUGCCUGGUGGUGGAGUUGUCAAGUCCGUCAGGAGAAUGGAAAAGGAAGAUCUCAGCAUGCCGAAUCACUUGAUGGGCUACCGACGGACAUUCAUCGAACUCAAAUUUGCCAACGUCGGCGACCUGAUGUCCGCAAAAAGAGAUAUCAUGCCGAUUGCAGAGAAGAAUAGAAAAAAUAUGAAUGCCAUGGAUGCAUAUGCCGAGGUUGCGACGAUGAGCGGCGACUUCGAUCUUUUUGAUAAUGAUUUACGAGAUGACGAGCGAAACACCAGUAAUUCUAUUUCUGAGGCGAGCGAUUUCAUCGUUGACAUUCGCGAAUACGAUGUUCCAUACCAUGUUAGAGUAAUGAUAGACUUAGAUAUUAGAGCUGGAAAGUGGUAUUUUGUCGAAGCAAAGCAUGGCGUCACAAAGAUUAUACCAAACGAGGACAGAUCCCUGCCAGCCGAUCCAGUUGUCAUGGCAUACGAUAUCGAGACAUCGAAACUUCCCCUGAAAUUCCCCGACGCCGCUACCGAUCAGAUUAUGAUGAUAUCAUACAUGAUUGAUGGCCAAGGAUUCCUGAUCACGAAUAGAGAAAUCAUUUCCGAGGACAUUGGCGAUUUUGAUUACACGCCAAAGCCCGAGUACCCUGGCCCCUUUAUGAUUUUUAAUGAGCCGGAUGAAAAAGCCGUUAUCGAAAGAUUCUUUCUUCAUAUCAAAGAGGCGCGCCCUACCGUAAUUGCGACUUACAACGGUGACUUCUUCGAUUGGCCCUUUGUCGAGACGAGAGCGAGCAUAAAUGGCAUCGACAUGUACCACGAGAUUGGCUGGAAAAGAGACAGCGAAGACCAGUUCAAGUGUAACUAUAGUGUUCAUAUGGACUGCUUCCAUUGGGUCAACCGAGAUUCUUACUUGCCCCAAGGAUCUCGAGGUUUAAAAGCCGUUACAGUCGCCAAGCUUGGAUAUGACCCCGAUGAACUCGACCCAGAACUGAUGACGCCAUAUGCGCAGGAGCGACCGCAGACGUUGGCAGAGUACUCAGUUUCCGAUGCUGUUGCCACCUAUUAUCUGUACAUGAAGUACGUACAUCCUUUCAUCUUCUCCCUCUGCACAAUUUUGCCAUUGGGAGGCGACGACGUCCUGAGGAAAGGUACCGGUACACUCUGUGAGAUGCUUUUGAUGGUGCAAGCAUACCAAAAAGAGAUUGUACUACCGAAUAAGCACGUAACUCCGAAGGAAGCUUUCUGGGAUGGUCACCUUCUCGACUCUGAGACGUAUGUCGGUGGCCACGUCGAGAGUAUCGAAGCUGGUGUCUUCCGAUCCGAUAUCCCCGUCAAUUUUGCCGUUGACCCCGGCGCAGUUGAUGAGCUCCUGCGAGAUUUGGACAAUGCGCUGAAUUUCGUCAUAACCGUUGAGGAGCACAAGUCUCUGGACGAUGUCACCAACUACGAUGAAGUCAAGCAGCAGAUUAAGAGCAAGCUUGAGGCAUUGAAAGAGACGCCCAACCGAAACGAAAGGCCGCUCAUUUAUCACUUGGACGUCGCAUCUAUGUAUCCAAACAUUAUGACAACAAAUCGGUUACAACCAGACUCCAUGAUUUCCGAAUCAGAUUGCGCGGCUUGUGAUUUCAAUCGGCCAGGCAAAACAUGCGAUCGACGAUUACCUUGGGCCUGGAGAGGGGAGUACAUUCCUGCCAAAAGAGACGAGUAUAAUAUGAUUCGGCAUGCCCUUGAGAAUGAAAAGUUUCCUGGGAAAACACCUUAUGCUCCACCGAGGGCAUUUCAAGACUUGUCGACAGAUGAGCAAGCAACUUUGGUGAGGAAGCGUCUUCAACUCUACUCUCAGAAGGUAUACCACAAGAUUCACGACUCUACUACCAUUGUUCGCGAAGCAAUUAUUUGCCAGCGUGAGAAUCCUUUCUACAUCAAUACCGUCCGUGAUUUUCGUGAUCGUCGUUACGAUUACAAAGGCAAAGCCAAAGUGUGGAAGGGAAAAACGGAUGCGCUAAAGUCAUCUGGAGCACCCGGCAAUGAGAUUGACGAUGCGAAGAAAAUGAUCAUUCUGUACGAUUCUCUACAGCUUGCGCACAAAGUUAUUCUGAACUCUUUCUACGGAUACGUCAUGAGGAAAGGUUCUCGAUGGUACUCUAUGGAAAUGGCGGGUGUUACAUGCUUAACAGGAGCCACGAUUAUUCAGCUUGCUCGUCAGCUUGUUGAACGCCUUGGAAGGCCCCUCGAGCUGGAUACUGAUGGUAUCUGGUGCAUGCUUCCAGCUACUUUUCCAGAAAAUUUCUCGUUCAAGCUGAAGAACGGCAAAAAGCUGAACAUAUCAUAUCCCUGCGUCAUGCUUAACCAUCUUGUGCAUGACAAAUUCACCAACCACCAAUAUCAGACUUUGGUGGAUGACAAAACUCAUAAAUACGAGACUCAUAGCGACAAUUCCAUCUUUUUCGAAGUUGAUGGUCCCUAUAGGGCCAUGAUUCUGCCCACUUCAAAAGAGGAGGAUAAGAAUUUGAAGAAGCGAUACGCCGUGUUCAAUGACGACGGCAGCCUGGCAGAAUUGAAAGGAUUUGAAGUCAAACGUCGUGGUGAGCUAAAGCUCAUUAAGAUUUUCCAACAACAGAUUUUCAAAUUUUUUUUGGAAGGAGAGGAUUUGUCGCAAUGUUACACCGCUGUUGCCAAGGUUGCAAACCAAUGGCUAGAUGUGUUGGAUAACAAAGGCUCUACUCUUGCCGACCAAGAGCUGAUGGAGCUGAUUUCUGAGAACCGAAGCAUGUCCAAGACUUUGGAAGAAUACGGAAGUCAGAAGUCGACCAGUAUCACGACCGCACGACGUCUUGCCGACUUUCUAGGUGAGCAGAUGGUAAAAGACAAAGGUCUGAAUUGUAAAUUCAUUAUCUGUUCUCGGCCACGAAAUGCUCCUGUUACAGAACGAGCCGUUCCUGUAGCCAUCUUCUCCGCGGAUGAAGCUGUGAAGCGAACAUAUCUAAAGAAGUGGCUCAAGGAGGAGCCUGCAGAUACCGAUCCUCGAGCCCUUCUAGAUUGGGAUUAUUACUCGGAGCGUCUUGGAUCUGUGAUCCAAAAGCUCAUCACCAUUCCUGCCGCUUUGCAGAAAGUCCGCAAUCCCGUACCCAGAGUCCCUCAUCCUGAUUGGCUUCAACGAAGAAUAAAUAUCAAGGAUGACAAGAUGAAGCAAAAGAAACUUACAGACCUAUUCAGCAGCAAAGAACCGUUAGCAGAUAUCACAAACAUUAAUCGAGCAGAAGACAUGGAGGACUUUGGUGCCAAGUUGCUUAAACCAAAGCAACUCGGUGAACUUAUUGCGUCGUCACAACCACCGGCCGUUUCUCAGAAACGAAAGUCUCCCGAGCCAGCAGAGAAUCCCAAUCCAAUGGCCGCUUUGCCAGACAAUAUGCCUGAUCCAUCAGACGAUUACGUUGGAUUCUUGGAGUAUCAGAAGAAGAAAUGGAAACUGCAGAAACAAGCACGUCUUCGGAGGAGGCAGCUGUUUGGCGAGAGACGAAGCAACGCAAACAGCAACAUUCAGCAAACAUUCAUGAAACAGGCGCACUUUACUUUCAUGAACACAUGGCAGCUGCUUCACCUCAAAGCCACUGAUACCCCUGGCGUUGUAACAGCGCAUGUGUUGAUUGAUGCAAAGAUCCACACACUGAAGAUCAAUGUUCCUCGACAGGUCUUCCUCAACCUUAAGAAAGAAGAGCUACCAGAUGUCGAGAUUGCCGGGUGUGAGGUUGAGCAAGUCAACUACACGCUUCCAAAUGGCCAUCAAUCCAAGCAUCUCUUUAAACUCACUGUACCAGAAGACGUAUAUUUCAACGAGGCGGAGAAAUUUUCACUCUUGUUCAAUCAUCCUAGUGUCGAGGGUGUGUAUGAAAAGCAGGUGCCCUUGAAUAUUCGCGCAGUCCUUCGACUGGGUAAUCUUUGCACUAUUGACGAGCAGCAGGAGGCAGUUCUUGGCAAGGGUCUUGAACAGGGAUUCGAUCUGAUGGGUCUGAAACGACCUACCAAGCCAAAGACAUAUCUGGAGUCGUCUCCGUUGGCUUAUAUCUAUAUAUCGCACAUUACUGCGGGAGAUCGCCAGAUUUUCGGCUUGUUCUCCACUACAAGCGACCAAGCUUACGUCGUGAUACUACAGAAGGGAAGAGACUCUGGUUCAGAUCUCCCCAAUAUCACGAGAAUGUACUCGGAACUGCUUGCAAGGCGAGCGGAAGAAGCUGCAGGUACGAAUUGGCAGGAUUGUUUUGGUUAUCAAGAGAAGGUUACUUUCAAGAUCACUCAAGUGACAACACGGCGCAAGGCUCAUUUAGAGAUAGCCGAUGUUGUGAGGAAACUGCGCAAAGACGAAUCACGACCACAAAUGAUGGUGAUUCAAUCGUCUCAACAUAACCUCCUCGUCCAUGACGUCCCCAUUCUGGGCGAGUUUCCCGUAUUGCCCCUCAAAUAUGACGCCACUGAUAGUUCAUUGCCACCUUUGGGCUGGCAAGCGGUUGUUGCGCGACGUCUGGUUGGACAUUACCUGGGGCUGGGAUCCUGGAUCUUGCAUCUCACAGCUCUGGCGCGCUACGGCGAUGUUCCGCUGUGUAAUCUCGAGCGUGAUGACCCUCGGUUCUUGAUCGACAUUGCUUAUGCUCGACGGCUACAAGCGAACGGGGUGGUGUUAUGGUGGUCGCCAGACCCUCGGCCAGAUCAUGCUGGUUAUGAAAAGGAUGAUAUUACCGGCUCACUUGACACAGUCAAGAUGCCUAGUAUUAAUAACCCUGGAACGUUUUCGUCCGUCUGCAUUGACUUAGAUAUCCGCAAUCUUACCAUCAAUACGAUUUUGACAUCGUCUUUGAUCAACGAACUCGAAGGCGCCGAAUCAAUAUCCUUCAAUCCUACAGCUGAUGGGUCUGAGAUUCUUGCUUCAGAGAAUGGAUUUGCGAACGCCGGAGUAUUAGUUCUUCGUGAGAUGGUCAAGGCAUGGUGGGCGGAGGCUUGCAAAGGCAGUACUAUGGCCGACGUGCUCGUUCAACACCUUGUCCGAUGGGUUGAGAAUCCAGAUUCGUUCAUGUACGAUCGAGCACUGCAUUACUACGUGCAAAUGAUGUCGCGAAAAGCGUUCCAGCAACUCAUGUCAGACUUCAGGCGCGUCGGCUCGCAGGUCAUCUUUGCAAGCGCCAACCGACUGAUUCUCCAGACGACCAAAGCCGAGGUUGGCAAUGCGUAUGCCUACAGCCAGUACAUCAUCAAGUCAAUCAAGAGCAAGUCUUUAUUCCAUUUCAUUGACUUGGAGAUCAAGGAGUACUGGGACUACUUGGUGUGGUACGAUGAGUUCAACUACGGCGGUCGGGCUACUCAAGUGGUUGCAGAAUCUGAAGAGCAGGAUUUGGAGACUAUCAUGCACUGGCAGAUGGCAACAUUCCUGCCUGUUCGUCUACAGCCCAUUUUCCAGGACUGGGUGAUUGAAUUCAUUCAGCUCAUGCAUAAGCUAAAGCGACCAGAAACUAAUGAUCCUAACUCUACUCCACGACUCACUCAGCUGCCAAAUCGGAAGCAGGAUCCCGAUGGCGAAACUCAGAUUAUUCUUGGCAAGGCUUUUGAAAAGCCAAUGAAGAAGGUCAUUGCUGGCCUCAUCAAUCAGCAAAAGCGCGAACUCAUGCAUCCAGAACUGGCAGAAGACUACAGCUUCCCCUCCCUGCCUGGCUCACACCUCCCCUUGCGCAACCCAAUCCUUGAGCUUGUCAAGUCAAUAAUGCAGGUGCUGUCUCUUGAUAAGAAUAUUACACUAGAAGCGAGACUGUUGCGCAAGGAGCUGCUCGCACUCUUUGAAAUCCGAGAAUUUUCCAAAGAUGGUACGUUUGCAAACCCUUCAGAGAGUUUGAAACUGCUACAGGUGUCUUGUGACAGCUGUACCAUGACGCGUGACCUGGAUCUCUGCCGCGACGAAGAUUUGUUUAGCUCUUCCGGAGAGAAUGGCGGGCAGAGCUGGCAGUGUGGCUUCUGCAACACCGAGUACGAUAGGGUGAGCAUUGAGGAGCGACUACUCGCCAUGGUGGAGGGGUGGACUACGGAGUGGGCUUGUCAGGAUCUCAAGUGUGAGCGAUGCGGUGCGUUGAGGGUAAAUGACUUUAUGGAGCAUUGCACUUGCAGUGGUGGAUGGAAGGAGGUGUUGUCGCGGGAUGAGAUUGUGCGGAAGCUAGCUGUUAUGAGGCGAGUAGCAAAGUAUUACGGCUUGAGGAUGCUUGGAAAUGUGGUGGAUGGAUUGUCUGAGGCGUUGUAAAAAGAAGAAAAGGCAUGAAAAGCUGAGGAAGCUGGGGAAGCGAGAUGGCAUUGAUUUGGCGCUGUUGCUUUCGGGAAGAUAAUCAGGUUACAAGAAGCUAUAUUGGCUGUUAAAUUUAUUAGUAGAUAUACAAUGUUUUUGGGCUAGGCUAGGACAUUCCAGAAAGAGAUGAUUCUUCCUUGAGAUGUAGGACAGUAUCACACAAUUUCUCGUGCUACUGACCGGAAAACCAGCAUGAAGAAACAGGAACCAUGAAGCUAUAGUAGAAGAGAAGGAAAAUUAAGAGCGUAUGCC